UCUGAACCUCAGGCUGGGUUCAGAAGGAUCCACCACAAAUACAGACCUCCACAAACAAUAGAGCCCUCCCAAAUGUCCUUUAGCCUGAGUUAACUGCUCCUGAUAUGUGCAAGUCAGCAAAUUUAGGAGAAAUUCAGAGGAAACUACAAAUAGCAACUGUUACCCCAUUUCUGGGAAGGCAUAAACAAAUCUCCCUUGAAUAAAAAUAGAAAACUUCUCUUUUCUGUGGAAUUCCCUGCUUAUCAAAAGGGGCAGAUUUACAACCGGGCAUAUAUUGCAGUGGGACUCCUGAGGGAUCAGCCAACUGUUUCUCCAGGGAGAAGAGGUAAGGAGCGGCUUCAGCUGCCUGUUCUGAGACUCUGCUUCAAGGGGAGCAAGAGCCCUUCACCUGAAAUCCUCCCACGAUGCUGUGGCUGCUGCUGCUGCAGGUCUGGGCGAGCUGCCUCUGGUUGGGACACGGCGAGGUGGUGGAGUCCUUUGCAAAUACAUGUAAUGAGUUUUUCUACCAGAAAAUGCCUGCAACAAAUGGUCUGCUGCCAGAGAACCCAGCCUGGAUCUGCCAGACCUUCAAGAACCAGCCUUUCUAUGCCACCUUGUAUGACAAAAAGGAGCGUAUUCCCGUGUACUCUGCUUACAUCUACCAGUUUGACACUAGCAAGAGAGUUACACCAUUAUGGAUGGUGGAGCCCCAGCUGAUACGGGACAAUUUGCCCAAAGAUAUGGAAACAGAGGCAACCCUCAGAGAAACUUACUCAGUCACCCAAGAUGAUAUCAGCGAGAGCCAGGCUGUCUACCAAGACUACCUUAAACUUAAGGAUUUGGACCGUGGCCAUUUGAACCCUGCUUCCCAUCAUGACACCCAGGACGGCAGGGACGCGACCUUCACCCUCACCAACAUAGUGCCCCAGAACACUGCACUCAACAACGGCGAAUGGAACGUCUAUGAGCAGAAAACAAUGCCCAAGAAAAGCAAAGACUGUCAAACCACCUAUGCCAUUGUGGGUGCUGUGCCUGGGAACUCCUACAUCUCCAAUGGGAGGGUUAAUGUACCCAGCCACAUCUGGUCUGGUGCCUGCUGCAAGACCAAACAGAACACUGUGAUUGCUUGGGGGGCCAUUGCCGAGAACAACCAGAACAAGAUCCGGGUCCUCAAGCUGGGGGCUCUGGAGGACAAGUUGGCUGAGCUGUAUAAGAGGGGACCGGUUUCUCUGUUCCAUGUGGACUGUCCCCGUACAUAAGCCUCACAUCCCGGGUGUAAAAGGCUCGGGUGCUUCUCCCACAUAUCACAGAAUCACAAUAUGGUUUCAUUCAAGGGACCUCAAAGAUCAUUCAGUUCCAAACCUCCCGCAAUAGAGCAGGGAUAUCUUCCACUAGACCCGGUUGCUCAGAGCCAUGUCCAACCUGGCCUUGAACGCUUCCAGGGAUGAGGCAGACACAGCUUCUCUUGGCAGCCUGUAUCAGUGUUUCACCACCUCAGAGGGAAGAAUUUCUUUCUGAAACAUAGUCUGACUCUGCCCUCUACCACUUUAAAUCCCCAUUCUCCUGUCACUCGAUGGCCUUGUUCAAAGUCCCUCUCCAACACUCCUGAAGACCCUUUAGGUACUGGAAUGGGAUCUAAAUUCUCCUCAGAGCCUUCUCCAGCUGAACAGUCCCACCUCUCUCAGCCUGUCUCCAGAGCAGAGGUGAUCCAGCUCUCAGAGUACCUUCAUGACCUCCUCUGGACUCCACCCCAACAGGUUUGUGUCCUUCUCAUGUUGUGGCCCCAGGGCUGGAGGCAGCACUGCAGGUGGGGUCUCACGAGAGCAGAGGAGGGGGGGACCAAUGUCCUGUGCAGUGUCCAUCCUGCUCCCUUCUCUGGUGGGUUUCCAGCUCUGUCCCUCAGGGCAACUCCUCCUCCUGCUCUGAUAAAAAGGAGAAAGACGUGGGCAGAGCCUCCAGCUGGUUUGCUUUGCUGCCCAUGCUGGCAGAGAGCUCUUAGGG